AUGACUACCUCCGCCAAAGCAUGGUUGAACGAGCUUCUCAUCCCGUCAGACGACGAUAAUUACGCCGGCCACAGAAACUGGGGCUUUACCAUUUACCGUACCGGAUACGGAUCUUCCUCCUCCGAUCAGCAAUGGCAGCGACUCCUCGAAACGAUCCAGACUAGUGCGCACGAGGAAGCUUUCGACGCUAUCGAAUCUGAGGGAGAAGACCCUAAAGAGGACCCUGAACUCCAGAAGUUGUGGCCGCUUUUUCGUCUUGAUGCACGCUCAAACCCAGCUCUAGCCGGCCUCGACAUAGAUCAACUUCGCCAGCUAUACAACAGUGGCGAGGGUGGCCAACCAAUGAACGCGGACUUCAAAUCGCACCGGAUAUUUCUCUUCGCCGAUGUCGAGGUUUUAUCAGGCGUCGAUUCGAUUGUCAAAUGUGUGGAUGCCAACUACCGUGCUGAGGACUAUCUUCCGCGGCACACGAGAGGACAACGUUAUUCUGGCUGGAUGCGAAUGAACGCUAGAAGCAUAGCAAACUUCUGGAUUGAAUUAGGUCUUCACUAUAUGUGUGACAUCGCUCCUCCGAUCAUUGGAGGAAUUCAAUUGGUGAUCUGGGGACAUGAUGUUCCUUAUUGCGGAUAG